AUGUCUACCAUCGAACAGCCAGGUUACGGCAAUUGCCACGCCCUGAGCGACCAAUGCUCAGUCGAAUACACAAUCUACGGCGCCCUUUUCAAUCUCCCCGCCAUGCUCUUUUUCAGCAUCCUCUUCUUCCUGAUUUUCCUCGUCCAGAUCUACUACUUCAUCCGCUAUCGCACAACCUCCUUCUCAAUCUUCAUCUUCCUCGGCUCCGCGUUCCAGAUACUCGGCUCGGUCAGCCGCGUCGCCAUGCACUUCAACCCCUGGAACAUGUUUACUCUGUCGCUCAACAUUUGUUGUUUGUUGUGGGGACCGACGUUCGUGGCUGCGGCGAUUAGUAUUUGUUUUAAGAACAUGCUGCACUAUGCGGGCACACAGUACUCAAUCCUGCGGCCGGGUUUGAUUCCAUGGGUGUUUGUGGGGACCGAUAUUGUGAGCAUUUGUAUUCAGGGUGUUGGAGGGAUUAUUGCGGCUGUGACCUCGGGCAGCUCCAACUCGGGCUCGUCGUUGUCGAAGGUUGGCGAGGGGUUGAUGAUUGGUGGUGUGUGCUUUCAGAUUGCGAAUAUGUUGGUCACCGCUGGGAUCAUGCUGUCGGUGUGGCGGCGGUAUCAGGCUGCGAAGAAGAGCGGAGAUGUUGCAUCGUCAAGGUAUACCCAGGACAAGGAGGUGGAUUCGGCGGUGCAGAAGAGGUUCACCUGGUUUGCUAUUGUCGCAGCGGUGGCGUUUCUGUGUGUCAUUAUCAGGUGCUGCUAUCGUGUGGCGGAGAUGGCUGGAGGCUGGGCGAACCAGAUCAUGAGAAAUGAGGUUGCCUUUUUGGUGUUGGACGCGACUAUGAUGGCCAUCGCUUUGUUGGCGGUCACGAUCUUCCAUCCCGGGAGGUCCUCCCCAGAGAUGCGAAACAAAAACAAGCAAAGCACCGGCGAUGUUCUGGCGCGCGAAAAGUCAGGGAAUGAGAGCAGCGACUCGGAGUUGAACGUUGUGGCGGGUGAUGGGCGAAGCUUUGUUUGA